AUGGCUCCUAAACCCAGAUUUGAAUUCUCUUCAACGCCUUCAAAUACCGCAUGUUUCAUUCCUGGAAAUAAUUUACAAACCUACAUAGUUCAACUCCACCCACAGGGGUUAACGAAGUCUUCUUUUAGCUCUAGACAUCAUUGGCACCUUUCAUUCCUUGAGAAAACCAUUUCCAGCAAUGAGGAUUCUUCGUCUCGACUCUUGUACUCUUACAGCUCUGCAAUUGAAGGUUUUGCAGCUCAACUGUCACUGGUCGAGCUUGAGACCUUGCAGAAGUCACAUGAAGUAAUUGCCAUAAGACCAGAUAGAAAGCUUGAGAUUCACACUACUUACUCUUACAAGUUCCUAGGACUAAGUCCAACUGGAGGAGGUGCUUGGUUGAAUUCUAGAUUUGGUCGAGGGUCAAUAAUUGGUGUGCUCGACACCGGUGUCUGGCCAGAGAGUCCGAGCUUUGAUGAUCAAGGGAUGCCUCCAGUUCCUCAGAAAUGGAGAGGGACCUGCCAAGAAGGACAAGAUUUCAGUUCUUCAAAUUGCAACCGAAAACUCAUUGGUGCCAGAUUUUUCAGCAAAGGUCAUCGUGUGGCGUCGUUGUCAUCGUCGCCUGAUAUAGUCUCAGAAUACGUAUCACCACGAGAUUCUCAUGGUCAUGGUACCCAUACAGCAUCCACUGCUGCCGGAGCUCCAGUGCCAAUGGCAAAUGUCCUCGGAAAUGGAGCUGGUGAGGCUCGAGGAAUGGCCCCAGGUGCCCAUGUUGCCAUAUAUAAAGUUUGUUGGUUCAGUGGCUGUUACAGCUCGGACAUCCUUGCAGCAAUGGAUGUAGCCAUCAGAGAUGGAGUUGACGUACUCUCCCUUUCACUAGGAGGCUUCCCUGUACCCCUAUACGAGGAUACCAUUGCCAUUGGCAGUUUUCGAGCUAUGGAGCAUGGCAUUUCAGUAGUAUGUUCUGCAGGAAACAACGGUCCAAUCCAAUACUCGGUUGCCAAUGAGGCUCCUUGGAUUGCUACCAUUGGUGCAAGCGCGCUUGACCGAAGAUUUCCAGCUAUAGUUCAACUAGGCAAUGGGAAGUUCCUAUAUGGAGAAUCCAUGUACCCCGGGAAUAUAGCUCAAAGCGCAGGGACGGAGCUCGAGCUAGUUUAUUUAACUGGAGGCAAUAAGGGUAGUGAAUUUUGCAUGAGAGGGUCUCUUCCAAAAGCAAAAGUACGAGGUAAAAUGGUAGUGUGUAAGCGUGGUAUCAAUGGGCGAGCCGAGAAGGGUCAGAUAGUGAAGGAAGCAGGCGGUGCUGCAAUGAUUUUAGUGAAUACAGAAAUUAAUUUGGAGGAAGAUUCAGUCGAUGUCCAUGUCCUACCAGCAACACUGAUAGGAUUUGAUGAAUCAAUUAACUUGGGAAGUUAUAUGAACUCCACAAGGAGACCAAGAGCUAAAAUCAUAUUUGGAGGAACAAUCAUUGGAAAAUUCCGAGCACCUGCAGUAGCUCAAUUUUCCUCAAGAGGACCAAGUUUUACUGAUCCUGCAAUCCUCAAGCCGGAUAUAAUUGCCCCGGGAGUUAAUAUAAUUGCUGCCUGGCCACAAAAUCUCGGCCCGAGUGGCCUUCCAGAAGAUUCUAGAAGAGUGAACUUCACUGUCUUGUCAGGGACUUCCAUGGCUUGUCCCCAUGCCAGUGGAAUUGCUGCUCUGCUUCACUCAGCUCAUCCAAAAUGGACCCCGGCUGCAAUCAAAUCCGCACUUAUGACAACUGCAGACAUGAUGGAUCAUCUAGGCAAACCAAUAAUGGAUGGAGACAAGCCUGCCGAGCUGUUCGCAAUUGGAGCAGGACACGUAAACCCGGGACGAGCCGUCGAUCCAGGAUUGAUUUACAAUAUCCAGCCAAAUGAUUAUAUAACUCAUCUAUGCACUCUUGGAUAUACAAGAUCUGAAAUUCUCGCCAUAACUCACAGGAACGUGAGUUGCCAUGACAUUGUCCACCAGAACAGGGGAUUCAGCCUCAAUUAUCCCUCGAUUUCUGUAAUUUUCAAGUCAGGAGAGACGCGGAAGAUUAUUAAAAGACGUCUGACAAAUGUGGGGAGUUCUAAUUCCAUUUACUCAGCAGAAGUGGUGGCACCUGAGGGUGUCAACGUGCGAAGAAUCCGGCAUUUGCAGAAAGAGAAAUUUGCACAAUAUGAAUUAAAGGAGGGUACUGGAUACCUCGAAGACAGAGAGCGGUACAAGGACGACGCAGAUAAAAAGGCAUUCCACAGGCAUUACCAUUCUCAGUUUUCUUCCCUGCAUAUACUUCUCCUUUAUAGGAGCGCCUGUCUUGUCUGCAGUUCAAAAAAGGUUCAUUAA